CCCCCUGCUGGCGACCUGGCCUGCAACCCAGCCUGCCCGUCUCCCGUUCACUGUGGGCACUGGAAGGAUGGCCACCCAGCGACUGACCAAGAAGGCCCUGGGGUCGGUGGCGUUCAGGGAUGUGAUUGUGGACUUCACCCCGGAGGAGUGGCAGCAGCUGAAGCCUGCGCAGAAGGACCUGUACAGGGACGUGAUGAUGGAGACCUACUGGAACCUGGUCUCGCUGGACUUGGAGACUAGACCUGCCAUGAAAGACUCGGACCCACAGGAGGACAGUUGGGGAGGCAGACCUGCUGUUCUGGUGGUUGCAGAAGGAUCCACAAGGAAUGGUGCCAGGGGUUAUGCCUGUGAAGGAGCGCGGACAAAGAGUGACUGGGUGGAAUGGGGACAGGGGCGCCCAGGGGUCUGUCUGGGACAUUUGGACAUGUCUCCAGUGUUAUCCCCUGAAUGUUGUGAAUUUAAGGCAUUUGUGCACCAAAGCCCCAUGCCAGCCCCACCGAGACUGGAGGGACCAAAAGGAGCACAGUCACACCUGUUCACCAUGUGUGGGAAGCACUCAGGUACCUCAAGCCUCUAUCCUCCCCACAGACUCCGUGCAGAGAAGAAGCCCUAUAAGUGUGGGGACUGUGGCAUGACUUUCACCUAUAACUCAUCCCGGAAGGAGCAGCCACGAAUCUACACUGGGGAGAAGCCUUUCUCUUGCGCCACGUGCGGGAAGCAGUUCACCCUGCGGUCUUACCUCACCAUCCAUCAGCGCAUGCACACUGGGGAGAAGCCAUAUGUGUGUGGUACCUGCGGCAAGUCCUUCAGCUGGAAAAGGAGCUUCGUUGUUCAUCAGAGGACACACACUGGGGAGAAGCUGUAUGAGUGCUGGGACUGCGGCAAGGCCUUCAGCCAGAAAGGGAACCUCAAUGUGCACCAGAUGACGCACACUGGGGAGAAACCGUACGUGUGCAAUACCUGCAGGAAGGCCUUCAGCCGGAAUAGGAGCCUCAUUGUACAUCAGAGGAUGCACACCGGUGAAAAGCCCUACACAUGUGCUGACUGUGAAAAGGCCUUCAGCCGAAACGAGUACCUUAUUGUGCACCAGAGAACACACACAGGGGAGAAGCCAUAUACUUGUGACCAGUGUGGCAAGUCCUUCAGGCGAAAUUCCUCAUUCAGGGAGCAUCGGCACAUGCACACUGGGGAGAAGCCAUACACUUGUGGUCAGUGUGGCAAGACUUUCAGGCAAAACUCCUCAUUGAGGGACCACCGACGCAUGCACACUGGGGAGAAGCCCUACAAGUGCAGCCAGUGUGACAAGGCCUUUAGACUCAAAUCCUCUCUCAGGAAGCACAGGCGUGUGCAUACCGGGGAGAAGCCCUACAGGUGCAGCCAGUGUGACAAGGCCUUUAGCAAGAACAGUUCACUCAGGAAGCACAAGCAUGUGCACACCAGGGCAUAGUCCUACCAGUGCUCCAUCUGCAAGAAGCGCUUUCUGGCACACUUACCCUUGCAGGAGCACCAGACCAACAACACUGUGGAGAAGUCCUAUUAGUACACCCAGUGUGGCAAAGCCUUCCUCAGGAACUUCUUCCUCUCCAUUCACUGCAGGAUCCACCUGGGAGACAAGUCCUACAAGUGUGGCAAGUGCAGAAAAAACUUUCAGCAUGAACUUCAUCCUCACGCUACACCAGAAGAGGAUGCACAUGUAGUAGAGGAGUGGGAAAUCUCACAAUCCACACCCAACAGGCAGGUCCAGAGCCCAUAGGUCACUACCAGAAAUGACAUUGGAGCCCACGGGUAGGACGCAAGAGAAGUCCUGCCCAGACAUGUAGUAGGAAUAUGGACAGUGGGGACAGGCCAUGCCAUGCUCACCAUUUGCUUCUGCAGCGUCCCCAGGGCCGUGUGGAAAUCAAGCCCUGCUAUAGGUCCAGUAUCUGGGAGCAUGGCUAGAGGCACUGUGGCUCCAGACCAAGCUGGCGUAAACUAUCCUAUGAGCUUGAACAAUGCAUUUAGUGUCUCUGGGUCUACAUCUCCUCAAUAGUAAAGUGGAGGAGGGGGAGGAGAGAAGAACAGGGUGAGGUGGGCUGCAAGGGAUUUUGUCACUUUGUCACCUAUACUUGGGUCUAGUCCAGAGGUCAGGUUGUCACUAUCUGUGUGUUUGCUCAUUUCCCCACAUACAAUCCCUAGUUUCCAUGUAACACCAAGUGGAAGGCCCCAAGCUCAUAAACUAUCGAAGUCACCAGGCAGUUCCCAUGGAGAAAAAAUACACUUUGGGAAUAGGAAGUAACAGUAGUCACAACAGAUACCAAAGUUCCCCAUAGUAGUCUGCUAAAAAAGUUUUUUUUGAAUAAAACUUUUAAUUGAGACCAAUGUCAUUCUAAACAGUCAUCAGAUGCAAAAGAUGCAAGGGCUGGUUGUCCUGUCCAGAAGAGUGUCGAUUUGGGGGAAGAAGCAUGAAUACCCCACAGGUCCUCUGGCACAGAACAAGCCUGUCCCAGGCCAUCUGCUCCUCACA